AUGGCUUCAAUUCAUACAGUUAAAUUCUCACUGUUGUUUGUUCUAUGGUUCUGGAACUUCAACUUUCUACCUCUUUCUCAAGGUAAAGAUGAUUACCCUUAUAUAAAAAAAGCGAGUUCAUUUUCAUCUCCAUCAAUUUCUGAUACAUCAUUGAACAAAGCUUAUGAUUAUAUAGUAGUUGGAGGUGGAGGUGCAGGGUGUCCUUUAGCAGCAACACUUUCACAGAAUUUCAGUGUGUUGUUGCUUGAAAGAGGUGGUGUACCAUUCACUAAUCCAAAUGUAACAUUUCUUGAGAAUUUUCAUAUUACCUUGGCAGAUCUUUCAUCAACUUCAGCUUCUCAGUACUUUGUUUCAACUGAUGGAGUUUUUAAUGCAAGAGGAAGAGUCUUAGAUGGUGGCACUUCUAUUAAUGCUGGCUUCUAUACUAGAGCUAGCUCAAGGUUUAUAAGUAAGGUAGGGUGGGAUGCAAAGCUAGUAAAUGAGUCAUACCCUUGGGUUGAGAAGCAGAUUGUUCAUCGUCCAAAGUUUUCGCCUUUUCAAAGAGCAGUGAGGGACAGCCUUAUAGACACUGGAGUCUCUCCUUUUAAUGGCUUCACUUAUGAUCAUAUUUAUGGAACAAAAGUUGGUGGAACCAUUUUCGACAGAUUCGGUCGUCGUCACACAGCUGCUGAACUUCUCGCUUCUGGAAACCCUGACAAACUUACCGUUUUGGUCCAUGCCACUGUCCAAAAGAUUGUUUUUGAUACAACAGGUAAAAGACCAAAAGCUGUAGGUGUUAUUUUCAAUGAUGAAAAUGGGAAACAACAUGAGGCAAUGUUAGGAAAUGGUAUGCGAAGUGAAGUGAUAUUGUCUAGUGGAGUAAUUGGUUCACCUCAAAUGCUAUUGCUAAGUGGAAUUGGGCCAAAAGCUGAGCUCGAAAACUUGAACAUCUCGGUGGUUCUUGACAACCGUUUUGUUGGAAAGGGAAUGAUAGAUAAUCCAAUGAAUGCACUUUAUGUUCCUUCUAAGAGGCCAGUUUGGCACGCUAGCUCGGAUGCUUCAGGCUGA